AUGGCAAAAAAUCAUCAACCUCAAUGGAAGAACAACAAUUGCACCAAAUUUGUAUUGCUUGUCACCUUUUCCUGCCUUGUGGGAUUGGCUUGCAUUUUAAAUCUCGCUUCUUCUUGUUCUUUCUACUUGUCUUAUCUUAGCUUCACCUCCAAUUGGGUGUCUCACAAACCUCCUUUCUUUGUCGUCCCAAGAGCUGGAGAAGACCCCAAAAUUUCUACCAAGGUAGGAGAGGGACGUAGCUCUCAGCGAUUCAUAUCAGCAACAUUUGCGGACAUAGCAGCACCUGAUUUGCCAUGGGAACAAAUGCCAUCAGCACCGGUUGUACGACUUGAUGGAUCAUCAAUACAGAUUAACAAUCUUUUUUAUGUUCUUUCAGGAUAUGGCACCCUCGACUAUGUGCACUCUCAUGUAGAUGUGUAUAAUUUCACAGAUAAUACAUGGUUUGCGAGGUUUGAUGCACCAAAAUACAUGGCGAAUUCACAUUUAGGAGUGGCCAGUGAUGGGAGAUACAUAUAUGUGGUGUCAGGUCAGUAUGGCCCCCAAUGUAGAGGCCCCACUUCUGCAACUUAUGUUCUUGAUACUCAGACAAGGCAAUGGCAUGACUUUCCUCCUUUACCUGUCCCUAGGUACGCUCCUGCAACUCAGCUGUGGAGAGGCCGACUCCAUGUGAUGGGGGGCAGCAAAGAAAACCGCCACACGCCUGGAUUGGAGCAUUGGAGUAUAGCUGUAAAAGAUGGCAAUGCAUUGGAGAAAAACUGGCGGUCCGAGAUCCCGAUUCCUCGUGGAGGACCACACAGGUCUCGCUACUGCUCUUUCAGAGACAUUCUUUCAAGAUUCCCUUCCCUACCCGUCCCCUCCCAACCUCCCUUUUUAACAUGA